AUGGCCGCCACCACCCAGGCACAGGACAAGGAUGGCACCACCUUCAUUGAACACUCUACCAGCCUUGAACCGGGCCUCACGGUGGAGAAGACACUGGCCGAUGCAGAAGUCACCGGCAAGCUCGACACUAUCAGCACCUCUAUGGCCAACCAGGGUACCCACACAGAACAUGAGCUCACCUAUCUCGAGGCAUUGAAGAUCUACCGCAAAGGUGCCUUUUGGUCGAUAUUUUUCUCUCUGUCCAUCAUCAUGCGUGCAUACGACAUUGAGAUAACCGGAAACUUCUUCGCCCUUCCGUCGUUCCAGAGUCAUUUUGGUCACGAAGUACCUGGCCAUGGCUAUCAGAUAACAGCCAACUGGCAAGUCGCUAUGUCUAUGGGUUCCCUCGUCGGACAGAUCAUUGGUGCAUACAUUGUCGCGUGGCCAAUGGAGAGAAUUGGGCGCCGGAAGACGCUGGCUGUGUAUCUCCUGUUGACCUCCGCCUUGGUGUUUAUGCAGGUCUUUGCUCCCAACAUUGAGGUCUUGACGACAAGCAUGUAUCUGUCGGGCAUCAUCUGGGGCGGAUACUGCGUCCUUGCCCCAACCUAUGCUUCGGAGUGUCUUCCCAUGAAACUCCGAGGGUUUCUGACAGGAUAUAUCAACCUGUGCUACGUGAUGGGCCAGUUCAUCCAAACGGGCAUCACAAGGGGCUUCAUCAACAGAGUGGACAAGUGGGCAUACAAGAUACCCUAUUGCAUCCAGUGGGCCUGGCCAAUAAUCAUCCUCCCGGGCUUGUUCUGGGCCCCAGAAAGCCCCUGGUGGCUCGUACGGCAGCAUAAGAUGGAAGAGGCCGAGGGCUCCCUUAGGAGACUUUCGGAGAAGCACGAAAAGGUGGAAGUGACGAACACGUUGGCUAUGAUGGUGAAGACCGAUCUGUAUGAGCGCGAGGUCGAAGUCGGCACCACUUAUAUGGAUUGCUGGAAGGGCCCUAAUCGCAGGAGGAUGGAGAUUUGCAUCAUGCUCUUUGUGAUCCAGAACUUCUCCGGUAAUCCGGUGGGCUUUGCCACUUAUCUCUUCGAACAAGUGGGAUUGAGUGCCAAACACUCUUUUGACAUGGGUCUUGGACUCAACGGCCUUGGAUUCCUUGGGACUCUUGCAUCUGCCAUCCCACUCAUCUACUUUGGACGACGCCUCUGUUACAUGGCAGGCCUGGCCUAUGUCAUCGUGAUUCUGUUCAUCGUGGCCUUCAUGUGUCUUGCGUCGGAUUAUGCGAGCAACCCAUCAUACUCUUGGGCGCAGGCCGCGCUCUUGUGCACCCUACAGUUUGUCUGGCAGAUGACACUCGGCCCGCUGACCUACGUUGUGGUGUGCGAGACCCCGUCCACCAAACUCAGGUCGAAGACGAUAGCACUGGCGACGAUGAUCGAUGCAGCAACCGGACUGGUCACCACCGUGAUUGGGCCGUACCUGCUCAACCCUGGUGCGGCCAAUGCUGGGGCCAAGAUCGAGUUUUUGUACGGCGGUAUCUCCAUCAUCUCGCUCACAUGGUGCUUCUUCCGGCUCCCUGAGACCAAGAAUCGGACUUUUGAAGAGUUGGAUAUCCUGUUCGAGAAACGGGUGCCGGCGCGACAGUUCAAGGGCUAUGUCAUUGAUCGUUCUGAGGAGUCAUGA